GCCUGCGCAGAUGAGUGGACGGGGUUAACAGCUCCUUCGUCGCAGACUGAUGACGUACUUUAAUGUCUUAUGCGAUUCCAUCGAUCUCACGGUAACCACCCGAACUGAAUCAGACUCUCCUGCUUAGAUGUUUUGCACGCCACAAGAAAAAGCAAACGUGCGGAGGAUACAUGGCCAUGCAGUGAGGUGUCUAAUGGCUUCCAGGGUAGGACUUUCCAUGUGAGAAGGGAAUUUUUAAAAUUUUUUUUUUUAGAAGACAAAGCCGGGCAUUUGGAAGGAGAGAAAAGACUUUUCCACGGAGCAUGGCCUCGGCCAACGAUGGAGACAUGAAUGAAAGAGUUGCCCCCGUUAAACAAGACGAAUGUGAGUGGGAUGCACCCGAUGGCUUAUGUAUAAAGCAAGAGGAUUGUGAGGGUAGAAUUUCAGUUUUUAAGUCGGAGGGGGAAAUCAUUCAGUGUAAAGUGGAAGAUACCGAGGAUUUCUCCGUUACCUUUGAACUUCUAAAGCAGGAGACUGGAAAUAUUUUCAAGCAAGAGAUUUGUGAAGCAUCUCCUUCCACUUUUCAGCCCCGGUUCACUAAUACGGGACAACUGGCAGCCCUGGAGAACUCUGUGGCACUGACAUCUGAGACAGAAUGCGAGUCUGAAGAGAAAGUCAGUGAGGGACACAGGACAGAAGAAGAAGGAAGAGGAGGAGAAGUGCAGCAGUCAUCUCGGAGUGUGGGAACAAAAUUCCAGAAGAAUGUCUGCUUCUCCCCACAUUCAUCUGCUCCAGCUUCUCUUCAUUGCAGACUGCAAGAGAAGCAAAACAAGGCAAAGAGGAAGUGUAGUUCUCAUCCCAUAAUAGAAGCAAUCGGCACUGACCAACAAAAAGUGCAAGACACAGACUACAAGGAUGUGUCAGCUUCCCAAGAAUGUGAACAAACUUUUAAAAACAAGUCUGUAUGUGAAGAUGUCAAGUCGAUUGAUACAAGAACAAAGACAUUUAGCUGUUCUGAGUGUGGCAAAAGAUUCCUCCAUAAGAGCAGACUUCAGGCACACAUAAGAAUUCAUACUGGAGAAAAACCUCAUAGCUGCUCUGAAUGUGGCAAAAGAUUCAUUAAACGUAGCUGUCUCCAGAGGCACAUAAGAAUUCAUACCGGAGAGAAGCCAUAUUGCUGUUCCGAGUGUGGCAAACGCUUCACCAUAAGUAGCCAUCUUCAGAGCCACAGACGAACUCAUACUGGAGAAAAACCAUAUUGUUGUUCUGAAUGUGGAAAGAGAUUUUCUGACAGUUACAGUGUCCAAAUUCAUGCCAGAAUCCACACAGGAGAAAAACCCUAUGGCUGUGCUGAAUGUGGGAAACGAUUCAUUAAACAUAGCUCUCUUCAAAGUCACACAAUAAUCCACACUGGAGAAAAGCCCUAUUGCUGUUCUGAAUGUGGAAAACAGUUCACUGUCAGUAGCUAUCUUCAGAGCCACAAAAGAAUUCAUACAGGAGAGAAGCCCUAUGGCUGUUCUGAAUGCGGCAAACAGUUUCACACAAGUAGCACUCUUCAGAGGCAUCACCGAAUUCAUACUGGAGAGAAGCCAUAUGGCUGUUCUGAAUGUGGCAAACAGUUCUCCUAUAAUCACAGUCUUCAGAAUCACUUAAGAAUCCACACUUCUCUGCAGUUGUGAACGAGGCAAAAGAUUUUCCUAUAGCAGCAGCCUUCUCAGUCCUUACUUCUGAUUUCUGAUUCUCACUUUUAAGUAAUUUUCGUGAGCACUCGGGGAUCCACAGUGAAGAGAAGCCUUAUUGUUGUGAUGUGGCAAACGAUUCUCAACCAAGAGUGGAGUUCAUGGCCAUAAAAGAAUUCACACUGAUAAGAAGCCUUAUGGUAGUUCUGAAUGUGUCAAAUGAUUCUCAGACAGCAGGGGCCUAAUGUAUAAACGGUGCGUACGCACAGAAAUGUUGCGUAAGAACUUUUCCACAUUUAAAUCGCGAUGCA